GCGAACAAACAUAGAGGCCUAUUAAACUGGUGUGUAUGCAUGACACAGAACCCUUCAUUUUUGAUGCACCACUCGGCUGUCAUGUCAGUUACCAGCCCGUGAUAUAGACAUACUCAGAGCAACCGCUUUUUACAGAGAGCUUUUCAUCUUCUGGGAAUAACUCCGAAUGGACGACACAUCAAAGAAAACCAGAUACUUUCAAUUUAUUCAGAAAAGUUAUGGAAAACAGAAUAAUCCCUCAACAAUCAUUAUGUGAGGGUUUGUUUAAGGCAGCUCUCUUGGGCCAUUAUCGUACUGUGGAAACACACUUCUAGACGAUGAAUAAACUAGUAAAUCUUAUGUAUACAUACAGUAACCUAGACGCGUAGCGGCUUCAUGAUGACAUCAAUCGACUACACUGACGACGGCGAGAGCAGAAGCCUAGCGCAGAAAGCUGGAGCGGGCCGAGGCUCUCGGCCGCGAAGACGGAGGAAAAAAAUACCGUCCAUCAUGAAGAUUUCUUUCAACUAUUACAAAGAGCGGAUGCUUUUGGAGGUGCCUUAUGGGUUAACAGUAGCAGAAGUAAAGAAACUAAUCAGAGAAAAGUUUAGAAUAGGGUCUGAUGACGGUAGACCCGAUAAAAAAAUUCUUACUUUGAACUACGGCGGGGCUGACCUAGGGGAUAGUUGGGUGUUUUCUGAUGUCGGCGUACAGCAGGGGAGUACUGUCAAAGUCCUAAUGAGGGAAGAGAUCAAACCAGUGCUGUACGUUUACUGUCUCUACAGCCAAGACAACGUUAAGAUCGUCGACCAGAUUCAGGUAUCUUUGUUGUCAGUGGCAGAGUUACGAGGAAUUGCGUCCAGGAAGACGGGAAUGCCUGUGGGCGCCUUCAGGCUCGUCACGGUGAUGGGCAGGGAAAUGUACGACGGGCAUCUCUUGGAUGAGUACGGCGUGGAGGUGGGACACACCGUGCGCUUGGAGACAUGGGACGGAUGGAACGAUUUUCUCAAUCUUGCCAUUAACGGGUUUACGUCUCAUGUCAUGGCGCGACUCUCCACCGAAGACUUAACCGCUCUGUACCAGAUGAGGGUAGCGAUGUACAUAGCAGCGCACUACGGGCACGUUGACCUGUGUGUCACCCUCCAGCGUCAAGGAGUGCGGCCUGACGAACCGGUGGGGAACCAUCCGUACCGCCAGUGGUGCCACAGUUCGUCUCACGUCGACGCUUUGAAGACGGCGGUCCACGAGGCGGCAGAAAUCGGACAACUGGGCAUUUUACGCACCUUCGCUCACAGCAACAUCUGCGUUAUCACGGCAAAGGAUGGACUGGGACGAAAACCGCUCAAUGUGGCUAUACAAGCCAAACAGGAACAGUGCGUGAAAUUUCUGCUCUCAAAGCAGUACAGCAGGGUCGUAUACGCCCAGUCUAAAACAAUCCCUGCCUCUAUUUAUGUGAGCAUGAAAAACUGGAGUGACAGGGCUAAAAAGAAAGUUUUGUUUCUAUAUGGCUGGGAGAAAUCUUCGUUUAAGCGGAGGCCGUAUUGUUAUGGUGCUCUCGUCGGGCAAGGAAUUCAUAUCGAUGGUUUCACAAAAAGCGCAGUGACAGGUAACCCUGCCCCGCCUCCACAAAAACAAUCCAAAGCACUGCCAGCCCUCCAAAUCGACGAAGGAAAUCGCGAAAAUUUUGACUAUGAAAGUUACUUCAGACAACAAGCGAAACUACAGUUCAAACUACCCCGUCUGACCAAAUGGGAUCGCAUGAGUCGCCAGACAAGCAACCAGGCCUCGGAGCUACCCGAGAUCUCCAACAGUUCAAAAUUUAACCGAAAGAAAUCUUUACCUCGAAAGCGCAGUGACAGCGAGACCACUACGGACAUGUUACGUUUACCCCCAAUACGAGAAGGAAAAAUGCUGGGCAGCCGCUCGCUCCAAAAUUUACCGUCAACCACACAACGCGAUACUGAAUACGCGGACUCGGAAGCUUCGGACGAACUUCUAGACUCUUUUGAUAGUGAAAACGUCGAAAGCAAGGACGGUAAAGCAGACAGGGGUGUGUUCGUUACGGCAUACAAAGCAAUGGAAGCUUAUAAUGAACUACAGUCAGAGCAAGAUAUUGCAAAAUCUGACUUGAAGAAAAAGAUAACUAACCAAAAGAAAAAGAAACAAGAAAGAGCACUACGUUCAGCUGUUCUUUUAGCAAAAGCCAAGUCUGUGGAAGGAUCGCUCCCUCUACCUCUAUUCAGCGUAGAGACUUGUCCUAAACCACAUUUCUAUGGACGCAACAAAAGUGACGGCGCUCUUGUUCCUCGAACUCUUGCCACAUAUGAGAAAUACAGAGGCCAAAAAGCCAGAGAUUAUGCCAUUACGUGCCUGUCGCUUGCUAACAAUUUCAAGGAAAAGCCAUGGCUUCAACAAGUACGCUUAGCAAUGAAUUUUACGGCUCAAAAAGUUAAGCGGACUUCCAAGCUAAGAACAGGGGUAUUUCCUUAA